UCGAGACUAAAACAAACAAAUGAGAAGCAAUCGCACAUGUCAGCAGCGUCUUUCAUUUCUUAUAAAUUUUCAAAAGCCGAUCUACGUAAUGGAGUUCCACCAACGCGUGUCCUUGCUACUAAAACAACAAUAAAUAAAAGAAACAACAGCUUAUCAGGAUCUACAUUCUCAUAUCACAGGAUUUCUUGUACCAGUCUGCACCGACUGCUGCUCGUCGUCUUCUGCGCCACUUUGCUUCUAACAGGUACGCGAGCAGACGAGCUGGAGUAUCGUCUCACCCGCUACCUCAUGGCGAACUACGACCCCUCGGUGAGACCUGCGCACAACUCUUCUGAACCUCUGUCGGUUGUCUUCGGGCUCAGCCUGCACAGCAUCAUUGAUGUGGACGAGAAGAACCAAAUUCUCACUACGAACUGCUGGCUCACGCAAGUCUGGAUCGACGCUCACCUCAUUUGGAACGCGUCGGAUUUCGGUGGCAUUUCUGUCAUCAGAGUCCCAUACGACAAAGUCUGGAAGCCUGACAUUAUUCUCUACAACAAUGCCGACGCCCAAUAUAGUGCAUCGACCAUCAAUACAAACGUCAUAGUGAAAUCCAACGGCGAGGUGACGUGGCUGUCGCACGGCAUCUACAGGUCAUCUUGCGAGAUGAAUGUCGAGUAUUUCCCCUUCGACGUCCAGAGCUGCAAGAUGAAAUGGUCAAGUUGGACAUACGACGGUUACCAGUUGGACCUGGCGCAACAGAUGGAGGAAGGGGAUAUGUCGAAUUACAAGCCCAACGGCGAGUUCGACUUGGACGCUUUUACUUCUGUACGGACGGUGGCCAUUUAUUCCUGCUGUCCAGAACCGUACCCAGAUAUCACCUAUACCAUCUUAUUAAGAAGAAGACCGAUGUUCUACGUCUUCAACCUUAUUCUACCUUGCUUACUUAUUAAUGGAAUAGCCUUGUUAGUGUUUUACGUGCCAAGCGAGUCGGGUGAGAAAGUCACGCUCGGCAUCUCUGCGCUGCUCAGCAUGACUGUCUUCCUCAUCACCAUCAGGGAGAGUCUGCCACCCACCGAGAAAACUCCGCUAAUUAGCUUGUACUACGGAGUUACCAUUUGCUUGGUGACGCUCGCCUCGGCGCUAAGCGUGCUCACCUUGAACCUGCACCACCGCGGCCUGCGCGGCGUCGAGGUGCCGCCUCUCGCCCGCAAAAUCAUCUUAGGUUGGGGGGCCAAGUUUGUCUUGCUCAACUUUAAGGACUCCGAAGCGCAGGCUAAAGCGAAACUCCGGAGUGGUGGUUCACGGGACACGGAGAAGUUCCAGAUGCACGAUCUCGACCCCAUGGAGCACAUGGAGCGGUUCAGCCACUUUGACCCUUUCAGCGUGUCGCCACAUUUCUCGCCGCGCCACAGACUAAACCACUCCAGCAAUGACCUCAUCCACGCUCACUCCACCGGCCCCACCUCCCCGAUCAUGGGCACCUCCGCUGAAAUGACGGAGUUCGAGCAGCAGUUUUUGCGGGUGCUCAGGAAGGUUCAGCAAACGAUCGACAAGAACGAGACGAGGCUCUCCGACCAAGACCGAAGGGAGGCCAUCAAAGACGAGUGGCAGAGGGUCUCGAUGGUGCUGGACCGAGCCUUGCUGCUGUGUUUCGUGCUGGCGACCAGCGUGGCCACCUCCUGCAUUCUGCUGUCAUCGCCUCAUGGACCUUAGUCUCGCUUCUCAUUUUUACUUGAU